AUGAGUCUUGAGUUGUCAAAUAGCACUCUGUGCGACUCAUAUUGGGCAGUAGACGACUUCACCGCGUGUGGAAGGCAGCUGGUGGAGAGCUGGGUAUCAGUUCCGUUGGUUCUGUCUGCUUUGGUAGUGGCUUUUAAUUUGCUGCGUAAUUCCCUCGCUUCAGAAAAAACAGAUCCUUAUUCGAAACUAGACGCCGAACAACAACCACUACUACAGAAUGGUCAUGCCCUGUAUACCUCUUCGAUUGAAUCCGACAAUACCGAUAUUUUCCAGAGACAUUUCGACAUAGCAUUGCUCAAACCCGUCAAGGAUGAUGGUAAGCCCAUUGGUGUCGUCCGCAUCGUUUACCGCGACACCGCUGAGAAAUUGAAGGUUGCCCUUGAAGAGAUCCUUCUGAUAUCCCAAACUGUUCUUGCAUUUCUCGCAUUGUCCCGUCUUGAGGACAUUUCAGAGUCCCGUUUCCUGCUUGUGAAAUACAUUAAUUUUUCGCUGUGGCUUUAUCUGACGGUGAUAACUUCUGCUAGACUUCUAAACGUUACCAAGGGGUUUUCCGCAAACAGAGUGGAUCUCUGGUACCAUUGUGCGAUUCUCUACAAUCUACAAUGGUUUAAUUCGGUCAUGCUAUUCCGCUCAGCACUUCUACACCAUGUGUCUGGCACGUAUGGCUACUGGUUCUACGUCACGCAAUUUGUCAUUAAUACUCUCCUGUGUCUCACAAAUGGUCUUGAAAAAUUGUCUGAUAAGCCAGCCAUUGUGUAUGAGGAGGAAGGAGUGAUACCCUCCCCAGAGACCACCUCGUCCUUGAUAGAUAUUAUGACGUAUGGCUAUCUCGACAAGAUGGUAUUUUCUUCAUAUUGGAAACCAAUCACCAUGGAAGAAGUUUGGGGGCUGCGUUACGAUGAUUACUCUCACGAUGUGCUUAUCAGAUUCCACAAGCUGAAGAGUUCCAUCAGAUUCACCCUCCGUCUUUUCCUGCAAUUUAAAAAAGAGCUAGCUUUGCAAACGUUGUGCACCUGUAUCGAGGCGCUUUUGAUUUUUGUGCCGCCUUUGUGUCUCAAGAAGAUCUUGGAGUACAUUGAAUCUCCACAUACCAAGUCCAGGAGCAUGGCAUGGUUCUAUGUGCUCAUCAUGUUUGGAUCCGGAGUUAUUGCGUGCUCGUUUUCGGGAAGAGGUUUAUUUCUAGGCAGAAGAAUCUGCACGCGUAUGCGGUCGAUAUUAAUCGGCGAAAUUUAUUCCAAGGCCCUGAGAAGACGACUCGGUUCGACGGACAAAGAGAAGACCACUGAAGAGGAGGACGAUAAGUCGGCUAAGUCCAAGAAAGAGGACGAGCCUUCGAAUAAGGAAUUGGGUGGUAUUAUCAAUUUGAUGGCCGUGGACGCCUUCAAAGUGUCAGAGAUUGGUGGCUACCUCCAUUAUUUUCCUAACUCGUUCGUGAUGGCUGCUGUUGCAAUCUACAUGUUGUACAAGCUUCUUGGCUGGUCCUCCCUGAUAGGAACUGCAACCCUAAUAGCCAUUUUGCCUAUCAAUUACAUGCUGGUAGAAAAACUCAGCAAGUACCAGAAACAGAUGCUUUUGGUGACCGACAAGCGUAUACAGAAGACAAACGAGGCGUUCCAAAAUAUUAGGAUCAUCAAAUACUUUGCCUGGGAGGACAAGUUUGCCGACACCAUCAUGAAAAUCAGAGAGGAGGAGCUCGGCUAUUUGGUUGGCAGAUGUGUCGUUUGGGCGCUCCUGAUUUUUCUCUGGCUCGUGGUGCCUACUAUUGUCACCCUGAUCACUUUCUAUGCCUACACGGUGAUCCAGGGGAACCCUUUGACGUCGCCGAUCGCGUUUACCGCGCUUUCGUUGUUUACGUUACUGAGGGGUCCUCUGGACGCACUGGCUGACAUGCUUUCCAUGGUUAUGCAGUGCAAAGUUUCUCUUGAUAGGGUGGAGGAUUUUCUGAACGAGCCUGAGACUACUAAGUACCAGCAAUUGUCAGCUCCUAGAGGUCCAAACUCGCCUCUAAUUGGUUUUGAAAAUGCCACCUUCUACUGGAGCAAAAACAGCAAGGCCGAGUUUGCGCUCAAAGAUCUCAAUAUCGACUUCAAGGUUGGCAAGCUGAAUGUGGUGAUUGGGCCAACUGGGUCGGGCAAAAGUUCGCUGCUGCUCGCUCUUCUUGGAGAGAUGGACCUUGACAAAGGUAACGUUUUUCUCCCGGGUGCCAUUCCACGAGACGACCUGACCCCGAAUCCUGUGACCGGCCUGAUGGAGUCCGUGGCCUACUGUUCGCAGACAGCGUGGCUACUAAAUGCCACAGUGAAGGACAAUAUCAUUUUUGCAUCACCGUUCAACCAAGAAAGAUACGACGCCGUGAUCCAUGCUUGUGGACUUACGAGAGACCUCAGCAUUUUGGAGGCCGGCGACGAGACCGAGAUCGGCGAAAAGGGUAUCACAUUGUCGGGCGGACAGAAACAACGUGUUUCGCUGGCCAGAGCGCUGUACUCGUCGGCCUCGUACCUUCUGCUGGACGACUGUUUGUCGGCUGUUGACUCUCAUACGGCGGUGCACAUUUACGACUACUGUAUCAACGGAGAGUUGAUGAAGGGCAGAACGUGCAUUCUUGUGUCGCAUAACGUCUCUCUGACAGUCAAGGAGGCCGACUUCGUGGUCAUGAUGGACAACGGCCGUAUCAAGGCCCAAGGAAGCGUGGACGAGCUGAUGCAGGAGGGUCUGCUGAACGAGGAAGUGGUGAAGAGCGUGAUGCAGUCGCGGUCGGCGUCGACUGCCAAUUUGGCGGCACUGGAUGAUAACUCGCCGAUUUCCAGCGAGGCCAUCGCCGAAGGGCUUGCCAAAAAAACUCAGAAACCGGAACAGAGCAAGAAAUCAAAACUCAUUGAGGACGAGACCAAGUCGGACGGUUCUGUCAAACCCGAGAUCUACUACGCUUACUUCAGGUAUUUUGGCAACCCUGCCCUGUGGAUUAUGAUAGCCUUCCUAUUCAUUGGCUCUCAGUCUGUCAACGUCUACCAGUCGUAUUGGCUGAGACGCUGGUCGGCCAUCGAAGACAAGCGGGACCUUUCUGCAUUUUCCAACUCCAAUGACAUGACUCUGUUUCUCUUCCCUACAUUCCACAGCAUCAACUGGCACAGGCCGCUUGUGAACUAUGCUUUGCAACCGUUCGGGCUGGCAGUGGAGGAGCGCAGCACGAUGUAUUAUAUUACCAUCUAUACCCUGAUUGGUCUGGCGUUUGCAACGCUUGGGUCGAGCCGUGUGAUUCUGACGUUCAUAGGUGGUCUCAAUGUGUCGAGAAAGAUCUUUAAGGAUUUGUUGGAUAAGCUACUGCAUGCGAAGCUGCGUUUCUUCGACCAGACUCCAAUUGGCCGCAUCAUGAACAGAUUCUCCAAGGACAUCGAGGCGAUCGAUCAGGAACUCGCACUGUACGCCGAAGAGUUUGUCACGUACUUGAUUUCGUGUCUGUCGACGCUCGUUGUUGUUUGUGCGGUGACGCCGGCAUUCUUGGUGGCCGGUGUGCUGAUACUAUUAGUGUAUUACGGCGUGGGUGUUCUGUAUCUGGAGCUCUCGAGAGACCUAAAACGGUUCGAGUCCAUCACCAAGUCACCUAUCCACCAACACUUCUCCGAGACGCUAGUUGGCAUGACCACAAUCAGAGCUUAUGGAGAUGAAAGACGGUUCCUGAAACAGAACUUUGAGAAGAUCGACGUCAACAACCGUCCAUUCUGGUAUGUCUGGGUCAACAACAGGUGGCUGGCGUACAGAUCCGAUAUGAUUGGCGCGUUCAUCAUCUUUUUCGCUGCAGCCUUUGCGGUGGCGUACUCAGAUAAGAUCGAUGCCGGACUGGCUGGUAUUUCGCUCUCUUUCUCCGUGUCUUUCAGAUACACAGCCGUCUGGGUGGUCAGAAUGUACGCCUACGUGGAAAUGAGCAUGAAUUCUGUCGAGAGAGUGCAAGAGUACAUUGAACAGACUCCUCAGGAGCCACCAAAAUACCUACCACAGGAUCCUGUCAAUUCGUGGCCGUCGAACGGCGUAAUUGACGUGCAGAACAUAUGCAUCAGAUACAGCCCGGAGCUGCCGCGCGUGAUCGACAACGUGUCGUUCCACGUGAACGCCGGCGAGAAGAUCGGAGUGGUCGGACGCACGGGUGCUGGAAAAUCUACCAUCAUCACGAGUUUCUUCCGGUUUGUGGACCUCGAAAGCGGCAGCAUCAAAAUUGACGGCCUUGACAUCUCGAAGAUCGGCCUCAAACCACUGCGGAAGGGCCUCACCAUUAUUCCGCAGGACCCGACCCUAUUUUCGGGCACGAUCCGGUCGAACCUGGACAUCUUCGGCGAGUACGGCGAUCUGCAGAUGUUCGAAGCUCUUCGCCGUGUCAACCUCAUUUCCGUUGACGACUACCAGAGAAUCGUGGACGGCAACGGUGCCGCAGUCGCGGACGAGACUGCCCAGGCCCGCGGAGACAACGUGAACAAAUUUUUGGAUUUGGACUCGACUGUCUCCGAGGGAGGCGGCAACCUGUCGCAGGGAGAGCGUCAGCUGCUCUGUCUUGCACGCUCGAUCCUGAAAAUGCCAAAGAUCCUGAUGCUGGACGAGGCCACAGCGUCGAUCGACUACGAGUCGGACGCCAAAAUCCAGGCCACCAUCAGAGAGGAGUUCUCGAGCAGCACUGUUCUCACGAUUGCACACAGACUCAAGACCAUCAUCGACUACGACAAAAUUCUCCUGCUGGACCACGGCAAGGUCAAGGAGUACGACCAUCCUUACAAGCUCAUCACCAACAAAAAAUCCGAUUUCCGAAAAAUGUGUCAGGAUACGGGCGAGUUUGACGAUCUGGUCAACCUCGCCAAGCAGGCAUAUAGGAAAUAA